CUGGCAACUCUGUCAGCUGCCGCCACCGGCCGCUUGUCUAAUAAUAAAAAAAACAAAAUAAAGUGUGGAAAAAAGAGAACACACGGUCGCGUAUCGCGAUAAACCCAUUUAACAUAAACGUAGCUACUCAUUGCCACAAAUUGAUUCGAGGAGCAGCAGUACGAAAGUUUUGCCGCCAGUGUCAGUUGUAAAGCUUCAACACUUUAUUGUGCUCGUGUUGUUGCUUAAUCUCAAGUACAAAUACCCGAUUAGAUUUCGUGACGAAAUAGAGCGUUAACAGGAACAACAACAACACUCCGAUUUAUUUAGUGGACAGGAUGAAUUCAAUUUUGAUAACGGGCUGCAACCGUGGUUUGGGUUUGGGUCUGGUGAAGGCGUUCAACUCAUUGCCGGAGCCGCCGCAGCAUCUAUUUACAACUUGCCGCAACUUGGAGCAGGCCACAGAGUUGAAUGACCUGGCCAAAAAGCAUUCCAAUAUACACGUACUUGAGAUUGACUUGAAGAACUUUGACGAGUACGAAAAGCUGGUUGGCAAAAUUGCGGAUAUAACGAAAGACGCUGGUCUAAAUGUGCUCUUCAACAAUGCCGGCAUUGCAACCAAGUCUGUGCGCAUUGGCGCCACGAAGCAGCAGGAUCUGCUCGAUACGCUCCAGACGAACACUGUGGCGCCAAUUAUGCUGGCCAAAUCCUGUUUGCCCCUGCUGAAGAAGGCGUCGCUGGUCAACGAGGCUCGGGGCAUGGGUGUGAACCGGGCUGCGAUUAUCAACAUGAGCUCAAUACUGGGUUCCAUACAGUUGAAUGCGGACGGCGGCAUGUAUGCUUAUCGCACAUCGAAGGCUGCUCUCAAUGCGGCCACGAAAUCGAUGAGCAUCGAUUUGCGGGACCAGAAGAUACUGUGCGUCAGUCUGCAUCCCGGAUGGGUGCGCACCGACAUGGGUAGCAACAAUGCUCCACUCGAGGUGGCCACAACUACUAAACAGAUCGUGGACACCAUCUGUAAGCUGAACGAGUCGCACAACGGCGGAUUCUAUCAGUACGACGGUGCUCAGUUACCCUGGUAAGGGUAAUGGUGCUACAAACUGCACAUAUGCAUAAUAAUUUGAUUCAAUUUACAUAUGUAUAUAUUUGUUGUUGCUUAAAUAAAUGUCUAGAAACCAGA